UGUUUGGCGAAACAUGCUUCAAGGGAGGGGUCUGCGAGACGCGAAUGACGUUUACCACCCUCGUUUGUUAUUGAAGCUCUUCUUAAAAAUGCUUUAGUGUCGUUGUCCUUAACAUGAGAAAAAAGCCAACUAACUAAACUAGCGAACCGAACCUAUGAAAGCUCUUUCGAAGCGCUUAAGGUUGUUGCAAACAACUUUGUCGCGAUGUUGUUCAGGUGCUGCAUCACCACCCAGUGUGCCCGCAGAACCGCCUUCACUUCUCAACCUCUGCCACCAGAGAGACCUUCCCAGAGCAAUGCAAGCCUUGGAUUCCAUGGAAAGACACGGAGUCAAGGCUGAUGCCAUCACGUAUGCCGAGCUUAUCAAGUGUUGUUUGGCUCAUGGGGCUGUCAGAGAAGGCAAGCGCGUUCAUCGCCACAUAUUCUCAAAUGGGUACCUGCCAAAAACGUUUUUGAUCAACACCCUCCUCAACAUGUAUGUGAAAUUCAACCUCUUGGAGGAGGCACAGGUAGUGUUUGAUGAAAUGCCUGAACGAAAUGUGGUUUCGUGGACGACCAUGAUAUCUGCUUACUCUUCUGUUAAGCUCAAUGACCGGGCGAUGAAGCUCUUGGUUUUUAUGCUUAGGGAAGGUGUCAUGCCAAACAUGUUUACUUUCUCUUCUGUUUUGAGAGCGUGUGAGUACUUAUCUGAUAUCAAACAGAUACAUUCUAGCAUUUUGAAAGUUGGGUUGGAGUCUGAUGUGUUUGUUCGGAGUGCCCUUAUUGAUGUUUACUCCAAAUUGGGUGAGCUGUUGGAAGCUCUGAGUGUUUUUAAGGAGAUGGUGACCGGAGAUCGUGUUGUUUGGAAUUCCAUUAUUGCUGCUUUUGCUCAGCACAGUGAUGGGGAUGAAGCUUUAUACCUUUACAAGAAAAUGAGGAGAGCGGGCUUUCCGGCUGAUCAGUCUACACUUACAAGUGUUCUGAGAGCGUGUACUGGUAUGUCAUUGUUAGAGUUAGGGAGGCAGGCACAUGUACAUGUGUUGAAGUUUGACCAAGAUCUUAUCCUUCACAAUGCACUUUUAGAUAUGUAUUGUAAGUGUGGUAGUUUGGAGGAUGCAAAGUUCAUUUUCAAUCGGAUGGUUGUGAAAGAUGUGAUCUCGUGGAGCACCAUGAUUGCGGGGUUAGCACAAAAUGGCUUCAGCUUGGAGGCACUUAAGUUAUUUGAUUCCAUGAAAGUCAUGGGUCCAAGACCAAACUAUAUCACAAUUCUUGGGGUACUAUUUGCGUGUAGUCAUGCAGGGCUGGUAGAUGAUGGUUGGCACUAUUUUCGAUCUAUGAAGAACCUUUACGGGAUAGAUCCUGGAAGAGAACACUAUGGUUGCAUGCUUGAUCUUCUUGGAAGAGCUGGGAAGCUUGAUGACAUGGUUAAGUUAAUUCAUGAAAUGAAUUGCAAGCCAGAUGUUGUGACGUGGAGGACUCUGCUUGAUGCUUGUAGGGCACAUCGGAAUGUGGAUUUAGCCACAUAUGCUGCUAAGGAGAUUCUAAAGUUGGAUGCAGAGGACACAGGAGCCUAUGUAUUGUUAUCUAAUACUUAUGCAAAUUCAAAAAUGUGGAAUGAUGUUGCAGAAGUUCGGAGGACUAUGAGAGUAAAAGGGAUAAGGAAAGAACCUGGGUGCAGCUGGAUCGAAGUCGAUAAACAAAUACAUGCUUUUAUUUUGGGAGACAAAUCGCAUCCACAAAUAGACGAGAUCAGCAGACAGUUGAACCAGUUUAUCAGUAGACUAACUGGUGCUGGUUAUGUUCCAGACACAAAUUUUGUUCUACAAGAUCUUGAAGGGGAACAGAGAGAAGACUCCCUUCGACACCACAGUGAGAAACUGGCAAUUGUUUUUGGCAUCAUGAGCUUUCCAAAGGAGAAAACUAUUAGAGUAUGGAAGAACUUAAGGAUCUGUGGAGAUUGUCAUAUAUUUGCAAAACUUAUAGCAAAGCUAGAGCAGCGGCACAUUGUAAUUAGAGACCCUAUUCGAUACCAUCAUUUUCGAGAUGGGGUCUGCUCAUGUGGUGAUUAUUGGUAGCAA